GGUUAUAAGGAAUUUGUUUCUGAGGUUAAUACUCUAGCAUCUUUGCAACAUCCAAACAUCUGUAAAUUGCUGGGCUUUCAUACCCACGAGGCUUCGGGGCAGAGAAUGCUCGUGUACGAGAGACUCUUUCAUGGAAGCUUAGAUCGUCUAUUGUAUGGGAGAUCAGAUGGGCCUCCCAUUGACUGGAAUACAAGAAUGAAGAUUGCAUUAUGCGCCGCACAGGGUCUCACUUUCUUGCACGAAGAGGGACCUUUUCAGGCAAUGUACAAUGAAUUUUCAACUGCCAACAUACAAAUUGAUAAGGAUUUUAGCGCCAAGCUUUCUGGAUAUGGUUGUGUAGGACAAAUUCCGACACCUGAGACAGAGAUUUCUAACAAUUCAGUGGCAGCAGCAUAUCUAUCAAUGGAGACAUUGGAGAGAGGGCUACUUACACCAAAGAGCAACGUUUGGAGUUUCGGAAUUGUUCUUCUAGAAUUACUAACCGGGCGAAGAAAUCUCGAUUCUCGUUACCCAAAAGAAGAGAGGAACUUAGUUAAGUGGAGCAAACCGUUCCUUACCGAUGAUGGUCGAUUGUCGUUGAUCAUGGAUCCUCAACUAAAAGGGCGCUUCCCAACCAAAGCAGCCAGAACAGUGGCAGACAUAGCUCAAAAAUGUCUUCAAAAGGAUCCCUCAGAAAGACCCACAAUGAGACAUGUAGUUGAACAGCUGAAGAUCAUCCAAAACUUAAAGCAAUCAAGUCGAUUCCCCUUGCAAGAACCCACUGCAAAACAGAUGCUAAGAUCACCAAGCCUUGAUGGAAUCAUCAUUACAGCACCAGCAGCAGCACCAGCUGCAGCAGCAGCCAGACUAAGUUUCUCCCCUUCUCCACCUUCUGGAGUUCACCCAUCCCUUUCACCUGGAGGUACAACUUCCAUUCCUACACCUCCGCCCCGGCUAUGUUCGACCCUCUCCUUUGAGGAUUUCGAUCGACAGGAAAGGCGAAAAUCGUCGUCAGUGUCAGCCCUUCGAAGACCUCGAAUCGAAGGAUACUGAUGUUUUGAAUUGAUUCAAUUUGUUUAUUAUUCAUUAUAUUUUCUUGCUUGUUUU